AUGAACUUCUCCCUUUUCACCUAUCUGUUCCAAGUGAUAUGGCAGACUCCACACAUAUUGUUAUUUCCAAAGGAAAAUUUCUCCAGAACUUCCCAGUUUGAAGUGAAUUCCCUACCAGACAGCCCGACGCUUCCCCCCAGCUGGGCUGGUCGGCUUGCGGUUCCAAGUGCUGGACAAGGCAUAUGGUUCAACGGUGGACCGGGCUGUUCUUCCCUCAUAGGGUUGAUGACAGGCAACGGCCCCAUCUCCUUCGACGGAAACUCCACAAAGCUCAUCCGAAACCCUAACUCAUGGACCAAGCUCGGCCACGUUCUCUACAUUGAUCAGCCUGUGGGAACCGGCUUCUCAACCGCGGGCAGAUUCGCGCGCACCAAUGAUCAAGUGACAACGGACUUUGUUCGGUGGCUACACACAUUCUAUACCUACUUUCCCCAUCUUCAGGCGAAGAAGGUACACAUGAUGGGUGAAUCGUACGCAGGGAUAUAUGUGCCAUAUUUUGCAAAUGCCAUCGUAAACGGGACAUACGCGCUUCCUCUUGACCUGCGCUCGAUUUCGAUCGGGGACGGAUCAUGGGCAAUGCGGCAGCAAUGUCCUCCGUCGCCAUGGGCACCUACCUGCACGCGCAUCCCGGAGGACAUCCUUUCUGCCUUCGCCGCAGCAGAUCAAAUAUGUGGCUUCGAUGCCGUCAUGGAGAAGGCACACGUGUAUCCUCCGGAAGGUAAAAUCCACAUCCCCGGCAAUCCACAGAAUAUCAACUAUCACCAUCGCCGUGACGUUGCCGACAUUCUUAAUGGCUCAUGCGACAUCUACCCCUCAACCCCGUCGGCAGUGCUCGACUCGAUUCGCAACUCCUCCUGUUAUGGCCCUUGUUCGACAUACUCCACAGCUGUGGACUAUAUGACCGCAGCUUCAACCAUGGGCACGGGACCGCCCUGCUUCGAUGUCUACGACAUCACGCACAAUUGUUCCAGCGUGAUUCCUCUCCCGCUGUUGGAGCAGUAUUUCAGCCGCUCAGAUGUCCAGGCUGCACUUCAUGUGAAGAACUCUGGCUCGUUCACGGCUUGCAGCCCGGAUAUCAUGAUGUCUCUGCUUUCCGGGCCCGAGGUUGUGCCGCCCGCAUAUGGGCUGCUUGGGUCUCUGGUCACUGAGCACAAUUUGUCAUUACACAUAUACAAUGGGGAAUUGGAUAUGCUGAUCAACCAUCUCGGAACGGAACUGUCAAUUCAGAACAUGACUUGGGGUGGUGCGCAAGGCUUUUCCAAAAAGCCCACCCAGGUCUUCUUCACAGAUGAUGCGGCACCAAUGACCGGGACGAAGGAGUCUAAGGAGUCCGGGGAGCGGGUAGGUACUUGGGGUUCUGAGCGUGGGCUGUCAUAUCAUUUGUUCGAAGGCGCAGGCAUAGUGUGUUUGCGACCAAGCAGCGGGCGAUGUUUUCUUUUGUGCGGGAUGUUGUAG